AACAAAAAUGGCGGACACCGAGUCGGACGGUUGUGCAAACCCAGAAAACAAAUCUGACAUGAAGAUGGAGGAUCAAAGCAGCCAGAAUAAAGAGGAAGGCACGGAUUUCAGUCAGGAUCCUUUUAAGAAACCGGCCAUUUUCUUGGCGCCGUCUGUAGCACUGAAGAAGAGCAAAAGUGUGCAGAAGAUCACACCUGAGAUCUUUCAUGAUGACAGCUGUGCAGUCCCUAAAGAUGGGAAAGAACCUUCUCAAGAAGAAUCCACAACGGGUGAUGAGAAGUGCUUGAAACAUGAUACUGAAAGUCCAAAUCAGACUCCUGUGUCUGGAAAGAUGGUCCAUGCCACACCAAAACCAGAGAUCAAAUCCAGAAACACAUCCAAAGUGCCACCAAGUGGUAAAUUUCCUCCUCUUCCAUACACAGAGCCUCCAUGGGCUGGGGUACCAGGUGUCCCUUACACCUUUGAGCUGCUUAAAAAUGGUGCCAUACUGGACACAGUGCCUCUCAGUCAGCAGAGUUACUUCGUGGUGGGGCGCUUACCUGUGUGUGACAUCUCUCUGGAGCAUCCGUCCAUAUCACGUUAUCAUGCCGUGGUGCAGUAUCGUGGAAAGGCAGGAGACACCGGUGUUGUAGGAGAGGAGCUUGGGUUCUACAUCUACGAUCUGGGCAGUACUCAUGGAACCGUUGUAAACAAGAACAAGAUCCCUCCUAAAACUUAUAUGAGAUUGCACGUCGGCCAUGUCGUGAAGUUUGGAGGAAGCACGAGGCUCUUUAUCCUCCAGGGUCCUGAAUCAGAUGAAGAGGCCGAGUCGGAGCUGACGGUUACAGAGCUGAAAGAGCGAGCCAGAAAGCAGCGAGAAGAGCUAGAGAAGAGGAUGAUGGGAGAUGGUUCAGAUGAUGAUGAUGAUGAUGACGAUGAUGAUGACAAGGAGGAGAAGAAGAAUGAAGAGAACAUUGCUCGUGGAAGAAGUCCUGCAGAAGACAGUGGCUGCUCGUGGGGAAUGGGAGAGGACACAGCCCCAGAGGAGGAGGAGAACGAGGAGAAUCCGUUUGCCACAGAGUUUCAAGAGGACCAGGAAGCAGCUUACCUGAAAGAUCCUAAAAAGGCUCUGCAAGGGUUCUACGAUCGAGAAGGAGAAGAACUGGAGUUUGAAUAUGACGACAAAGGACAUGGCACCUGGCUCUGCAGAAUCAAGUUGCCGGUGGAUGAUGCUAUGGGUAGGCAGCUGGUCGCUGAAGUCACACACACUGGUAGGAAGAAGGAGGCGGCUGUACAGUGCUGUCUGGAGGCGUGCCGCAUGCUGGAGGCUCGAGGUCUGCUGAGACAGGAGGCAGUCUCCCGCAAGCGUAAAAAGAAAAACUGGGAGGAAGACGAUUAUUACGACAGCGAUGACGACUCCUUCCUGGACCGGACGGGUACUGUUGAGAGGAAAAGGAAAGAACGCAUGAAGAAAGCUGGAAAGAUCCAGGAGAGACCUGAGACAUAUGAGACUCUGGUUGCUAAGCUUGCUGAAGUAGAGAAAGAACUAGCUAAAACUGAGAGCACACUCAGUUCUUCUGAGAAAGGGGACUCCAGCUCAGCUACAGAGGACCCUCUGGAUGCGUUUAUGAGCUGUGUGCGCAGUCAGGCUGCUGUAGAUGUGGUGCAGAGGAAGAAGCUGCAUCUGCACGUAGCUGAGCUGAAGAAGGAAGUGCAGCGACUGCGGAAACUCAUCGACUUAACCAGACCCACUCAGCUGCCCUCGCUGCAGAGCCGGCCUGGCAAUCAAUCAUCUGAGCCUGACAAGCCCAAGAAGCUCAGUCUGCCUUUGUUUGGUGCUAUGAAAGGUGGCAGCAAGUUUAAACUGAAGACAGGGACCAUAGGGAAGUUGCCUCCAAAAAGGCCCAGUCUGCCUCCUGAGCUCUUCAACAUGAAAGAACUACCGCCUGGAGGAGAGGAAGAAGAAGAGGAAGAGGAUGAGCAAGAGGAAGGAGGAGGAAAACCAUAUGAAAUGGACAAAGAGUGUAAAGAUGCUGUUUCAGAGGUUGAUAUGGAGACGGAACACACCGAAGGAACCAGUUCACAGAGCCCUAAAGAGAAAACCCAGGACUCGGCGAAACAAACCAUAAAGGGGCCUUCUUCACACGGAAACGAGAAGGCUAAAUCAGUUCAUCCUGAAGACGACGCCCCCUCAGCACCUCAAGGGGAAGAUCAACCCCAGAAGAAGAGUGGGAAGAUGAUUGGUCCCAGCAGGGUGACACUGAGACAGACUAUCAGUAAUCACUCGGGUCACAUUACAUCCAUAGACUGUAUAAAAUCAAGUUCAGUGAUUUCUCAGCAGCGUUAUUUAACACGAUCAGUUGAUGGCGGAAUGGAAGGAGGCGGUUCUUCUGGAGAACGCACGCACUCAUGGCUUUACCUAGAACCCAUGUUUCAGUUUUCUGAAAGGAUUAAAGGUUUGUUUCAUUUUAAAUGUUUGCCGAAAAUGAACCACAUCACGACCUAUAAAACUCACCAUCCAACCUGCGGAAGCAUAUUGAGGUAGAUAAACGUUUUAUUCCAAGAGAAAGCUUGCAAUAAAGUUGUUUGUGCUUUUAGAGCUACGUUGCAAUAGCUAUGCAGUCUGGUUAGUCACAUGACUUUCUAUGGAUUCGCCCGCCAAGUCACCAUCGCCUUGUCCACGGGUAACGUUAACACAUAGCUAGUUAACUUGGACACAGUUAGUUAGCAUGUAAAAACGGAGUCACGCUAACAUGAAUAACGUUAACUUAUCUGAAGUCGUUUCAGAAAUAUGUUUUAGCAUAAUCUUGCCAAAUAAACAAUGUAGAAAUCUUUCUUUUCUAGUAGCGUUAGCUACCCAAUAUCAUUUCGAGUUUGAAAAGAGUUUGCUAGCAUGUCAGGUGGAGUUUCACUGACUAGCUAGCUUAACGUUAAACCACCAUGAUGCACAGCAUGCGUUCAUUUUGUGAAUUCACAUUUCUGUCUUUGGUAACGGCAUUAGGUUUUGUAAGCGCUGUGGCAAUAAUACAACAAUGCGUUAACGGAAAAUGUACUUUUAAUACUCAAGCAUUUUUAAAAGCAAGUACUUCAGUACAUUAACUUAAGUAAAAAUUUGACUGGACAACUUUCACUUGUAUCGGAGUAACAUUUGACCAGCGGGAUCUGUACUUUGACUUAAGUAAUGAAGUUGGGUACUUUAUCCGCCUCUGAAAAUGUGAAAUGUUUUGUUUGUUUGUUUUUAACCACAUAAUUCCAUAUAUGUUCCAUAUAAUAUAAUUGUAAUGUCUUCAGUAUUGUUUUACAUUGCAGAAAAUACAAAAUGCAGAAAAACCUAUGAAUAAGUAGGGGUGUCCAAACUUUUGACUGGGACUGUAUAUCUAAAUCCACACAAAAAUGAUCCAGUGACUACAGAUUGAGCUGUUGACGUGGCCAUGACAGUUCCUGAUCUAAACCCCCACUGAAAACCUGGGAAUCCAGAACCCUGAAGAAUCUUGAGAGCGUCUGCUUUAAGGAGUCCGUGGAGAUUUCAAUAAGAUCUCAGAAGACUUGGUGUGGUUGGGAUGUUGGUUGGGACGUCACACAAAAUAAUGCCGGGGUGCCGAAAGAAAAGUUCUUUCUUUUGAAGUAAAUAAAUUUUACUUCAAUUAAGGAUUCUAUUCUGGAGGUAUUUAGAGUGUUGGAUGAAGGACAAAGUCCAAUAUAAAUAUAUAUAAUUUCUUUACAUAGCUUUACCAAAGGUGCCAAUAAUUCCAGAUGUGACUGUACAACAGUAUAUUAUAUGUGCAUAUAAUGAUUUAUUCUAUCCACAUUCACUGGAUAUGAGCAAUCGCAUGCUAUGAUUGGCUACUCUACUACUAGGAUAUCAGCUCGCAUACCGUGAGUAGAGAAAAACAAGAUGGCGGAGUGUGUUGCUGAAGCAACUGAGGACGAAAUAAAAACUACUCGAAAACAAAACCCCAAAAAAUUAAAAAACACAACAAAAUAUGGAUUGAAAGUAUUUGAUGGUAAGAACAUCUCAUCUUCAAGUAUUAAAGGUCCCAUGGCAUGGUGGUUUGUUGAUGCUUUAAACGGGCUCGUGGAGGUUUCCGGAUGUUAUAUCCACAGCCUUUCUCGAAAUGAACCCUCGGCACGUAGAUAUAGCCUCUUGGGAGAAAGCCCCAUUUCAGCCCUUUUCCCAGUGCAUC